AUGGUACCUUUCAAGUUGACAAAGAAGGUAUCUCCGGACACGGGUCCCUCCCUGAUUUCAGCGCAAACUGUGCCUAGAGCGAUAGCCUUUAUGGAUAAUCAAAACAAUACCCGAAUAGUAACACCAAUGCUACCUUCAAAUCAGCAUAGGAGUAUAUCAGGCGCGUCGACCGCCCUGCCCUCGCCCUCAGAGCGCAGGAAUACAACAAAGAAGUAUAUCUGGAAUAGGGUCAAAUUGAAAACCUCUCCAUUUCCCCGUUAUCGUCACUCCUCCUCAUUUAUUGUUACGAACGACAACAGAAUUUUUGUGACUGGUGGACUAUACGAUCAAUCGGUAUAUGGGGAUGUUUGGCAAAUAACCGCUAAUGCAAAUGGUACCAGCUUUACUUCCAAGACGAUCGAAAUUGAUCAAAAUACGCCUCCCCCCCGAGUAGGACAUGCGUCUACUAUUUGUGGCAAUGCCUAUGUUGUAUUUGGCGGCGAUACACACAAGCUAAAUAAGAACAGAUUGUUGGAUGAUGAUCUUUAUCUUUUCAAUAUUAAUUCUUAUAAGUGGACUAUACCACAACCCAUCGGCCCUAGGCCGUUGGGCAGGUAUGGCCAUAAAAUUUCUAUAAUUGCUAACAACCCUAUGCAAACUAAAUUAUAUCUUUUCGGCGGACAAAUAGAUGAGACUUAUUUCAACGAUCUGGUCGUGUUCGAUUUAUCAUCAUUCCGUAGGCCGAAUUCUCAUUGGGAGUUCUUAGAACCUAUCAGCACCCUGCCUCCCCCCCUAACAAAUCAUACAAUGGUGACUUAUGACAACAAAUUAUGGGUAUUUGGUGGGAAAACUCCGAAGACAAUAAGCAAUGAUACAUACUGUUACGAUCCGAUACAAAAUGACUGGUCGAAAAUUGAAACCACAGGUGAAAAACCUCUACCAAUACAAGAGCAUGCUAGUGUGGUAUAUAGACAUUUAAUGUGUGUGUUUGGCGGUAAGGGUAUCCACAACACAUAUUCCAAUGAUGUUUAUUUCUUAAACUUGAUAUCCCUAAAAUGGUAUAAGCUUCCCCGUAUAAAGGAGGGUAUACCGCAAGAACGAUCCGGGCAUUCCUUAACCUUAAUGAAGAACGAGAAACUUCUUAUCAUGGGUGGUGAUAAAUUCGAUUAUGCCAAUCCAACCAUUCAAGACUUACACACUUCGGAAACUGACAAAGGCGAAGGAACUUUACUAUACACUUUAGAUUUAUCGCUUUUGGAUGAACUAUGUCCGGGAAUAAUGGGUGAAUCACUACUUGCAGGAGAAAAUGUUUCUGGUAUUUCUUCAGGGAACUUUACAACUUCUAAUGCUACUGAAGGCGAAAAUCGAGAGAUGAUAAAUAUUCUUACACCAAGGUUACCCAAAUUUUCAACCUUUAAUGAUAUUGAUGAAGGGGCCGGAAGUUACACCAGUUCUUUGGGUAAUAAGGCAUUUACACAAAAAUCUGAUACAGAAGAAAAGACGUCACUAUCUCCAAAAGCCGGUAUAGCCAUUCAUGAAAAUAGUUCUCAACCUAAUAUCGAAAUAACUAAAAGUAAUAUUCCUGUUCUACAAGGACUAGCCAUAAAUGCAGAGCAAUACGGUUUCCCCCCAUUUAAGGACACAUCAAAUUGCAAAGUAAUUCCCAAAAGUUUAUACGAUGAUCUAAACCGAAACCUACAAACACUGCACCUCGAAGCGCAACAAAAGGAACUUGAAACAGCAAGACAUAUAUCAGAAUUAGAAAAGGAGGUCCAGAGACUGACGGUAAUCAAAGAAGCUUCAAAAGAUUCCAACUUCCAAACAGCACGGCUUAAAAAUUUAGAAAUCCAGAAAACCUUUUUAAAAUCUAGAAAUAGUGAUUUAGAAAAUUCAUUGAUGGUAAAAUUAUCUCAAGCAAAUAAAAUCCUUAACCAAAUUAAAAUCCAGAAUAUUAAACUUGAGAGAUGCUUUGAAGAUGGCGCUAUCAAAAGGGAUGUCGUCGACCUUAAGAAUAAAUGUGAUAUUUUGAACCACCAGAAUCAAACCCUUGUAAAUAAGAUGCAAAAAAAGAAUCUCGAACUUCUUACUCAUUUGAAAGAUUCAUCCUGUUAUUUGGGUAAAUUAUUAAAAAACAACCCUACUAGCGCCCAACCACCUUUGGAUGAGAAAGAUAAUGAGAUAUAUAAGGAAGAUCCGCUGAAGAAAAUGGAAAAAAUAAUAAAUGAGAUGUAUGAGGCCGCGCGUACCAAAGAGAAAUUGCAGCUUGAAACUCAAAAGCUUAAUGGUGAAAGAGAUUCUUUGCGAGCUAACCUACUGGACAAUAACAACAAGUUGGAAGCCCUAAAAAAAAUAUCCGACGGAAGCUUGAAAUCUAUGGACCUAACCAAGAAAGCUAUUGACUUAUCCCUAUCCGAGCUCGAAAAAUAUCGUAAAUGCACGUACCAAUUGCAGCAAGAAAUCGAUAGAAUCAAAACGGAACAAGCCGAACAAGAUGACAAACAAGAACAGCACAGCGCCAUCACUCACCGCAAUUUAGGUGCGUUCCACAGGAUGAAAGUCAACAAUCUAAAAGCGGAACUGUAUAUGUCGAAGGAAAAUAGAGACUCCCUUAAGGACGAACUUCUAGCUUUAAAAAAAAGACUGUAUAUUCUCGAACAAAAAAGACAGCCACAGUAA